AUGUGUCUCGCCAACGCAGUCAACUGCCUGCUCUGGGUCGUGCUGUGCCUUCUCGCCCCGGACAAAUUCGUGAUGAUCCUAAAUGCCGCUGGUGCCGCGCUGGGGAUUAUGCAGAUGAUGUUGUGUUUCAUCUAUCACCCCAAGAAGUCUCGCGCGGAGCAAGCAGUUGGAGUCGAGGUUGAAGACUUGGAACUGCAGGCUGCUUCGCCUCAGCAGCAGAGCCAGAACCAUGACAAGCUUGGUCAAGACUUCGUGGCUCUCCAUUCUCCGAAAAUUCAGACUGCGACUACCGAUAGCACGUAG